CCCGGACGCCUGGGCCCCCAGCGCGCCGUGUCGCCCCCGCAGCGGCGGGCGCCGCCAUGAACUGCCGCGCGGAGGUGCUGGAGGUGUCGGUGGAGGCGCGGCAGGUGGAGGAGGCGGCGCUGGCCGUGCUGCACACCGUGCUGCUGCACCGCAGCACCGGCAAGUUCCACUACAAGAAGGAGGGCACCUACUCCAUCGGCACCGUGGGCACGCACGACGUGGACUGCGACUUCAUCGACUUCGCCUACGUGCGCGUCUCCUCCGAGGAGCUGGACCGGGCGCUGCGCAAGGCGGUCGGCGAGUUCAAGGACGCGCUGCGCGGCUCGGGCAGCGACGGCGUGGGGCAGAUCUCCCUGGAGUUCUACCAGAAGAAGAAGUCGCGCUGGCCCUUCUCCGACGAGUGCAUCCCCUGGGAGCUGUGGACCAUCAAGGUGAACGUGGUGAACCUGGCCACCGAGCAGGAGCGGCAGAUCUGCCGCGAGAAGGUGGGCGAGAAGCUCUGCGAGAAGAUCAUCAACAUCGUGGAGGUGAUGAACCGCCACGAGUACCUGCCCAAGAUGCCCACGCAGUCCGAGGUGGACAACGUCUUCGACACCAGCCUCAAGGACGUGCAGCCCUACCUGUACAAGAUCUCCUACCAGAUCACGGACUCGCUGGGCGCCUCGGUCACCACCACCAUGCGGCGGCUCAUCAAGGACACGCUGGCCCUGUAGAGCCGCGCGCGGGGACCCAGCCCGCGGCGCUGCCCGCCGCCCUGCCUCCUGGCGCCGCUUUCUCCGCUUGGCUCCUUCCUCCCUCUCCGAAGAGCCUCGGCCGGGAGCGGGACGGGGCCUGUCCCUCGCGUGGAUGAGGCGCCCCUGGCCGCCCGUGUCCCGUGGAAGCGGCUCUGAUGGGAGAUGCCACUCAGCGGCGCCUCGGAGCGGGACCUCGUGUCUGGGAUAUGGCCGUGGCCUCGCUGGGAGCCGCGGGAUCAAAUCCCCCCUUCCUGGCAGGAGCGACGUCCCCGCGCCCUGGGCACGGCCUCGGCCCUGGUGCCCGCGAGGAGAACCCUGUGCUGGAGCAAGCGACGCUCCAAGGGCGCUUGUGUCCCCUCCUCGUGCCCUGCCCGCCCGGAGCUGCUCUUCCCGCUGGGCUGGGACCCGGAGCCGGGCGCUCAGGAGCCAGGACCCUCCGUGUGCAGGGCGCAGCGCCC